AUGCGUUUCUCCACCGUCGCUCUCAUGGCCGUCGCCGCCGAGGCUAGCAACUUCACCACCACCACCGACUACUCGACGCAGCUGGUGACGGUCACCGCCUGCGCCGACGACGUCACCGACUGCCCCGUCUCCAAGACCACGAGCGUGUCGAGCAGCGCCGUGCCCAUGACCACGUCGAUCAAGUACGAGACCAAGAUCCACACCGUCACCUCGUGCCCCGAGACGGUCACGGACUGCCCUGCCCGCAGCACCAUGGUCUCGACCGAGACGAUUGCCACCUACACCACCGUCUGCCCCGUCGCCUCCGUCUCCCCCUCGUCCGUGCCCAGGCCCAACUACUCCAACAGCACGAUGCCGUCGGGCCACGGUCCCUGCGGUGGCAAGCCUUGCCCUCCCUCUCCCGUUGCUCCUGCCGAGCCCAAGAAAUCCAACCUCAACACCGGUGCUGCCCUGCCCACGUCCGAGUCUGCCUGCCCCAGCUUCAGCGUCACGUCGGUCACCAAGACCUACACCACCGUUCUCUCGUCGGUCGAGGUCUCGACCAUCGCGGUCCCGUGCCCGACCGAGACGGAGGUUGUCGCUCCCAUCGGCACAGCCUCGCCUUCCGCCCCCGUCAGCAACAAGACCGCCCCCGGAGUUGGCAACGCCCCCCUCACGGCUGGCGCUUCCUCCUUCGCCGGCUCGGCUCUCUUCGCCGUCGCUGCCGGUCUUGCCGCGUUUGUCCUUGCUUAA